AUGACAAACCUCGCCCACCGCUCAACUCCCAUCGCAGGCUCGAAAGAUGACGGCGAGCGUUUCAUCAGCAUCUACGCCGGCAAGCUGUUCGACUCGCAUUCCCAGCAGCUCCUACCUUGUCGUGUUGUGAGCAUUUCUCGGGACUCUGGGCUCGUGGCCGACGUCCAGGAAUGGGGCCCAGAAGACGUACGCGGCCUUGAUUUUGCCAACGACGCCAGCUUGGUCGAUCUCCGUGAGGCUACGGUCCUUCCGGGCUUCGUCGACACCCACGUUCACAUGUUCUUGCACCCGUACGCCGAAGUUUCCUGGGAGAACCAACUCACACAAGAGUCUCUCGUCGAGCGCACCGUGCGUGCGACGGUGCACGCGAAACGAACCUUGAUGGCUGGUUACACAACUGUCAGAGACUUGGGAACCGAGGGUGCCGAGGACGCCGACGUCCAGCUGAGGAAGUGCAUGUCUGGCCCGAACGCGUUGAUCCCAGGGCCGCGAUACUUUUGCGCGAACCGCGCGAUCAUCUGCAGCGGGUACUAUGGCCCCAAGAGUCAGUUGCACUACCACCAAGACGGUGUCGAUUGUGUCACAGGCGCCGAGUUUGUCGACGGCGAGGUGGAAUGCGUCAAGGCCGUGCGCAAACAGAUUGGAGCAGGCGCUGACUGGGUCAAGGUAACGUCUCUAUCCACUCACACCCUUCCAGACUACAGACCGCGCACGCGCAUGGCCGACGUCUCGACCGCCACACCCGCCAAAGCGGUUCGGACCUUCUCCCCACCCGAGCUCGCCGCACUCAUCACCACCGCCCGCGGACUCGGCGUCCGCGUCGCCGCGCACGUCCAAACCUGGCGCCUCGACCUCCUCCCCGAGAACGGCGGCGUCGACACGCUCGAGCACGGCGCCGACCUCCCCGCCGAUCUCCUCCCCGCCGUCGCCGCCUCGCGCGUGAUCUGGGUCCCGACGCUCUCCGUCUUCUACACCAUCGACACCGCGCGCGCGCCCGGGGGCCUGUGGGACCGCGCCGCGAAGAACUUCCAGGCCGCGCUCAAGGCCGGGGUGACGCGCAUCGCGUGUGGGGGCGACACGGGCCCCUUCCCGCACGGGGAGAACGCGCUCGAGAUGAAGCUCAUGGUGCGCCUCGGGGCGCCGUGGCGGAGCGUGCUCCGGUGGGCGACGCUCGGCGGGUGGGAGGCCGUGCGGAGCGUCGAGUGGGAGGGUGCGUUGGGAGAGGCGCGGAUCGCGCGCCUGGGGGAGAUGCGCGAGGACGCACGUGUGGUGGGGGACAACGAAGUGCCGUUUGGUGCUCUGCGGCGCGGGUUUGCGGCGGACAUCGUGGCGACUGUGGGGGAUUUGGAGACGAACUUCGCGCGAGCGGUGGACAAGGAUAACAUCGUGUUUGUCAUGAAAGGAGGCAAGAUAGUGAAAAUGAACGGCAGUCCGCUUGUGUAG